AACACUAAACACUCCCAAAAAGAUGUGUACUAACCAGAACACAAAUUGUGUCAGCAUCUCAAGUAUGCUUCCAAACUUCACCCCGAAGGAAGACGACAUGUUCUCCCGGCGUUGCAUCUGGGUUAACGGGCCGGUAAUCGUCGGGGCCGGUCCAUCGGGCCUAGCUGUUGCCGCCAGCCUAAAACGCCAAGAAGUUCCUUAUAUAAUCCUCGAGCGAGCUAACUGCAUAGCCUCUCUGUGGCAAAACAGAACAUAUGAUCGUCUCAAGCUUCAUCUUCCCAAACAAUUCUGUCAAUUACCCAAUCUACCCUUCCCCGAUGACUUCCCGGAAUAUCCAACGAAGUAUCAGUUUAUUCAGUACCUUGAGUCAUAUGCUACCCACUUUGAUAUCCAACCUAAGUUCAACGAGACUGUACAGUCAGCUAAAUACGACAAGAGGUUUGGGCUGUGGAGGGUCAAGACUGUUUCGAGGAAGGGGCUGCUUAGUUCUUGUGAGUUCGAGUAUAUUUGCAGGUGGCUGGUGGUGGCAACGGGAGAAAAUGCUGAGAAAGUGGUUCCAGAGUUUGAGGGUUUAGAGGAUUUUUGUGGUGAUGUUCUUCACGCUAGUGAUUAUAAAUCCGGCGAAAUGUACCGUGGAAAACGAGUUCUGGUUGUUGGAUGUGGAAACUCCGGCAUGGAGGUCUCUCUUGAUCUAUACAACCACGAUGCAAGUCCAUCAAUGGUCGUUCGUAGCUCUGUCCAUGUGUUGCCGAGAGAGAUUCUUGGAAAGUCUACAUUUGAAAUAGGUGUAACAAUGAUGAAAUGGAUGCCGGUUUGGCUCGUGGAUAAGACUCUGCUCCUUGUCACCAGGUUAAGUCUGGGGAAUACGGAUAAGUACGGCCUUAAGAGGCCGGAACUUGGACCGUUAGAGCUGAAGAACACCGUUGGUAUAACUCCAGUUCUAGAUGUCGGAGCCUUUUCUAAAAUCAAAUCAGGAAAGAUCAAAAUCGUUCCGGGAAUCGUCAAGUUUGAGCCCGGGAAGGUUGAGCUAGUGGAUGGCCGAGUUUUGGGGAUAGAUUCAGUCGUUCUUGCGACUGGUUACAGAAGCAAUGUCCCUUCAUGGCUUAAGGAGAACGACUUGGCGGAGAUUGGGAUAGAGAAAAACUCGUUUCCAAAAGGGUGGAAAGGGGAGGCUGGAUUGUAUGCGGUGGGGUUCACGAGAAGAGGACUCUCAGGUGCGUCGCUUGAUGCCAUAAGUGUGGCUCAUGAUAUUGCUAAUGCGUGGAAAGAAGAAACUAAGCAACAGAUUAAAUCUGUGGCUGCUCGUCACCGUCGUUGUAUCUCACAGUUUUGA